ACAGGAGGCACUUGGCAGAGGGAGAGCUGAAAUAAGCCCAGCUGAGGUACCUAAGCUGCAGCCACCCACAGGGAGAACAGCUUGAGAUAUGGCCAAGCAAAGAAGACUCCGUCUCCCCAGGCAGGGGAUCUGCUUGGUUUUGUUGAUGAACCUGUGGCUGAAGGUGGAGCUGGCUCUGGCGACUGAGUGCUCCGACGAUGAAUUCAAAGUGGUGACCAAGGGGGGUAUUACAAACUGCCUCAAGUGCAGCUCAGCGACACCCGGCCUUUCGGAUCCAUGCCCUGACAUCCUGAAACCGACCUGUAAGUGUAGUCCUGGAUACCAGUGUAGUAAUCUUCCAUGUACGAUCUGCAGUCCACUCCCUCAGUGUGAGGCGGGGACGGAGCUGAACAAAUCAGGCACCGAUCACUUCAAAUUCAUCUGUGAACCCUGUAAAACUGGAACCUAUUCUGACACUCUGAACAGCUGUUGCAGGCCUUGGACUAACUGUGAGAGUUCUGGACUACGAACAAUCAGGCCAGGAAAUCAUACCCACAAUGUAGAAUGUGGCAUUUUCGGAGCUGUGACCCCAGUUCAGCAGCAAGAUUCCAAGUACACUACCAUCCUGGCGAUAUUGACUGCACUGGGUGUAUUCAUUCUCAUCCUGAUGACUUUCUUCCUGCACCUUUGCUUAUGGACACUGAAGAAAGAGAAACUCCACAUCGUUGAAGAGCCUGAUCAUCCUAGCCGUCUGCUGCCACCUGUGUGCCGCCUGGUCGAAGAUUCUUACAGCUGCCAGUUCCCGGAGGAAGAACAUGGAGGCAAAACCGCGGAAGGAAAACUCUCUUAUUGCCCUUUUGUGGGGUCACACUGAAGUUGCAGAGGAAGUGCAAGCCGCUACCGGAGGAGCAGAGCUGGGCUUGUCUUUUCAAACAUAGUGUGGAGAGGGGCAAAGGGGCAAUUUCAAACAUAGCAGCAAGAAGUGGGCUUUUGUAACAGAGUUUGUGUUAGAAACUGAGGAACAACUAACUCAAGUUGACAUUUAGUGCAGUCAGAAUCCCAGCUGCAUGUUCCUCCUUUUCUGAGUCUAGCCCUCCUGAGCUCAGUCUGGGACUAGAAUAUCCAGAUCUGAUUUUCCCCUGAGCGUCACAUGCUCAUGACCCUGAGGGACCUCCCUUACUGCAUGGCAUCUCCAUGGAGUGUCAGGGUCUCUCCAUGAGGUCCUACAGAUGCCUCUGUACUGGCCAUGUGAGUACGUCCCUGGGGGACUCAACUGUCAUUUUCAUCAGUAGUUUUGCCAAGGUGGCGCGUGUGUCUGCUGGGCAUAUAUGAAGGGAGCGGGCUGGGGGGGGACAAAGUGUGUCUAAAGGACCACAUACAAUAUGCAAGUCUGCAGUCAACCAUAUUGCAUUCCACUCGCCCCGCAUUGCCUUCCAUUUGUAGGUGAAAAAGGGAGCUCUCUCUGAAUCUGUGAAAUAGUUUUGCUGUCAGCUGGAAAUUUCCUUGAUGCUUCUGCUGAUGGUGCAGAUCUCAGUGCACAGCUCUUGUCCUUAUAUAGUUUCCAGACUGAGGUACCUCCCUUAAUGUGGCUGUGAGCCCUGCUCUGGAGACCAUCAAAGGCCCUUGUAUGUGGUUGCAGAGAUUCUUGCAGCAGAGCAAGAGCCUUGGCUUAGCAAUAGGAGAACAUGGGGGUGUUUUGUGUUCCAUCACACGUCAGAGAACAUUUACCUGGAGAAUUUUUGCCCCGGGAGCCAUUUUUGUUUGAGGAAUAGUUAAUUAAAAAUGCAAACAAUCAAAAACCCAACCUGAGGCCUAUUUACAAACCAUAAAGAAUCUCUUUGUAAAUAAUUCCCACCCAGUUUUUAAACAAAACAGAGGCUAGGACUCACAUUUUUGGGCAGGGCGAAAGGAAAAUCGUGCCCCCAAGUUCUAGCUGGUAUAAAUCGGUGAAGUGCAAUGGACGUGACCAGCAACUUCAGUGGGGCUACGCUGAUGUAUGCCAGUUGUGGAUCCAGCCCCAGAAGUUUUGAAUUUUGUUAAACUAGAACCCGAGAUUUUCCCAGAGUACCACCACUGGUAAAAUGAAUCCCUUCUGCCUUAAUUUAAAAGGUGAAUUCCUCAGAUUUGCCUGGCUAGCUCAGUUGGUAGAGAGUCAGACUUUUAAUCUGAGUGUCCAGGGUUCAAGCCCCUCGUCAGGCACAGAGAGUCUAUCCUCCUGUGGGAUCUCCCAAGAAUUUCAAAAGGCACACUCUCGUUCAUGUUAGGGGGAGGGAUAGCUCAGUGGUUUGGAUUGUU